UAUUUUCAAUUAAUGGCUGAUGUUUCAGACAAAAAUUUCCAUAAAGUCAAACAGCAGAGGAACAUUUUUGAAGAAAGUUCUUUAGUACGCAAAGUGCAACAAACCGCAUCAAGAAACGCGGGUAGUAGUUUAUUUUCCUUCUCUUUACUGUUUCCUCAAUGGUGUCAACGUCCCAUUGGAACUACACUACCCAUCUGGCAACACGCGCCAAUUAGAAACGUCAACGAGCCAGUGAACAUUAAGCGGAGCAGACCAAAAUCCCAAACAAGGAAAUGGUGGGGGAAUAAAACGACCAGAUUAUUUAAUGAAUGCAUGUAAUAAUUAAUAUUUUAUUUUUUUGUAAAUUAAGACGUAUUUAUGGGUUGAAAUGGAUUACGACUUCAAAACAAAGCUGGCAGCGGAGAGGGAGAGAGUGGAAGAUCUUUUCGAAUAUGAAGGUUGCAAAGUGGGUCGAGGCACCUACGGGCACGUUUAUAAAGCUAAGCGCAAAGACGGGAAGGAUGAGAAGGAAUAUGCACUGAAACAGAUUGAAGGCACUGGAAUCUCCAUGUCUGCCUGCAGGGAAAUUGCUCUGCUGCGAGAGCUGAAGCACCCCAACGUUAUUGCCCUGCAGAAGGUCUUCCUGUCCCACAGCGACAGGAAGGUGUGGCUGCUCUUCGACUACGCCGAGCAUGACCUGUGGCACAUUAUCAAGUUCCACCGCGCCUCCAAGGCCAACAAGAAACCAAUGCAACUUCCUCGCGGGAUGGUGAAGUCCCUGCUGUAUCAGAUUCUGGACGGGAUCCACUACCUCCACGCCAACUGGGUUCUCCACAGGGAUUUGAAACCAGCAAACAUCCUGGUGAUGGGAGAAGGUCCGGAGCGAGGAAGAGUCAAAAUAGCUGACAUGGGUUUCGCCCGACUCUUUAACUCGCCCCUUAAGCCGCUGGCAGACCUCGAUCCGGUGGUGGUGACCUUCUGGUACCGCGCUCCUGAGCUCUUGCUGGGUGCCCGGCACUACACCAAAGCUAUUGACAUCUGGGCGAUUGGCUGCAUCUUCGCAGAACUGCUGACGUCAGAACCCAUUUUUCACUGUCGCCAAGAGGACAUCAAGACCAGCAACCCAUUCCACCACGACCAGCUAGACCGGAUAUUCACCGUUAUGGGUUUCCCCGCAGAUAAAGACUGGGAAGACAUCAGGAAGAUGCCAGAGUACCCCACCCUUCAGAAGGAUUUUAGGAGGACAACGUAUACAAACAGCAGCUUAAUCAAAUACAUGGAGAAACAUAAAGUGAAACCCGACAGCAAGGUCUUCCUAUUGCUUCAGAAACUCCUCACCAUGGACCCUAACAAGCGCAUCACAUCUGAGCUGGCGCUGCAGGACCCCUACUUCCUUGAGGACCCAUUACCGACCACAGAUGUGUUUGCUGGCUGUCAGAUUCCCUACCCCAAACGAGAGUUUCUGAACGAAGACGAGCCCGAAGAGAAAACGGAAAAGCAGCACCAGCAGACGGCAGGCCAGACUCAGACCCAGAACCAGCAACAGACGACGGCCCAGCAGGCCCCCUCCCAGCAGAGCUCGGCCCAAACCAAUGGCACCACUGGAGGCGCGGGAGCCACCGGCGGUGGGGGUCUGCAGCACAGUCAGGAUCAGGGUCCACCCAACAAGAAACCUCGGCUCGGGCCCUCUGGGGCUUCCUCAGGCACGGGGGUUUUACAGUCAGAAUACCAGCACUCCAGCUCCCGCCUCGGUUACCAAAGCAACACCCAAAGCUCCACCCAGUCCCAGAACACCAUGGGUUACUCUUCAUCGUCUCAGCAGAGCUCUCAGUACCCUCGUUACUAAGAGGAACCAGCAGAGGAGCCCCCUCCUCAUCAUUGCAAACCAAUCCUCAACGACCUCAGCACACAGCAGCCGGCGUUUACAUUCCAGCUCCUUCAUCCUUCAUUUCAACCUCAGCUGGCAUCUUUAUCUGGAUGGCCUUUAGUGGUCUCAAGCUCAAAGGCCGGAAUUCACAUCAACCAAAAAAAAAAAAACACACACCAAACAAUCACCCCACAAGCUAACAACUUCUGCCUCAUGCAGUUGCUGAGAGAUAUUUAAAAAGACUCAAAACAAACGGUGGAAUUGAAGGCAUCGGUCAGACUAAGAGCUGGGAAGUUCCUCAGCUCUGUUUAUAUGUAAAUUAUGCAGCACCUUCUUCUAUUCAAUGUCUUUCCGCGGUUUACUGUUGAUGUCAAUCGGAAUGUUACGUGUGGAGUCAAAGAGCUGAAGCAAAUGCAGGAGUGUUCACUUUUGUCUCCUUUUCUGGAUUAUCUGAAGGAAAGGUUCGCGAGAGCCGCUCCUCCAGCAGACUGUUGGUUUCUAACUGCAGGGAUUCAUCAGCAGCAGCUUCUCCUUAUCAAGUUUCUGUAUUUAGAUCCAUUCAUCUCAAAGUCAGAAGUUGAUUCUACAGCUUCUGGAAACUUUGAUCACAAACACUCGCAUUCAAAACUCGCCCUUUGUGGUCCACAGAUUGUUCAGGUGAAGCAGGAAGUGACGCCCAUCUUUUGGUGGACCCUCAGACUCUGAAGGUUUCUGAACACAAAUGUGCGCAUAAUGUGCAGGGCAGCUAAGAGACCCCCUAAUCCUGAAAUUAGCGUCCUCAGAUUGUUACUGCCUAAUUUGAAAUUGUUCUAUGAGGUAUUAUUGUGUGCAUGUGUGCAUGGGAGUGUGUGAGUGAGUGUGUGUGUUUGUGUGUCUUCUUUAUGCAUGUCAUCCAUGUACCUACCAGAACUGCACUGAGCGCUGAACCCACCUGCAGACACCUGGAACCAACAACUGGUCCAGAAGGGGAACUGGGUCAGUCGGACACAACCGGGAUCAAAACCAGCAGCUAUUCAAAGAUUUUCUAAACCCUGCGGAACGUGAAGCAAAGAACACGAAGAGCAGCUCACAGUGAAGUGUCUUCAUGCCCUUCUGACUGACCGCCCAACAACACCUAUGCAAAGAAACCAGACUGAAGCUGACAGGUUUUCUGAUGUUAGACAGCUGACAAGUCAUUCCUGUCAUUAUUGUACAGCAGCUCAUACUCUCUUCACACAAUUUAAGAUGUACUCUAAACGAUUUAUUGUAAAGAAAUGCAUAUUUAUGGAUAGUAUACAAUCAUAUUUAUUAUUUCCAUUCAUGGACGAAUAAUACCCACUUUGUAAGCUUUCCUCUGCCUUAAGUAUCAUAGAAGUAGAUCAGGACCUGAGUAUCUCUACCACUCUUUUCUGCGCCUCUCCUCUUUCUCCUGUAAUGACUCGUGCUUUCCGAAUGUCCUGAUGCCUCCUCACUGUACAGCCCUUAUUUUAGCCGUCACAGCCUUCUGUCUCGCAUCCACAGGUGUUCCUCUGUGUCUCUGCAGAGCCUCAGACCUUCUCAUUAGUGUGGAUGGUGCCUUGUUUUCUUCUGUCUGUAAUGUCACAUUGUCUCCUGAUCGUGUAGCAUAAUGUUUUGUAGAAACUGGCAGCUCCCAUCAGAUGAAAAGAAGUUCACUCUGUGUUUUUAUUAUCGAAUUAGACAUCUUCUGGUCAGAGCCAUAACCCUACUUAAUACCCUAUGGCAUUAUUUAUAAGGGUAAAUUGGUUAAAAUGUGGAAGCGGUGUAUGAAAAAGUCCCUCUUACCCAAUCAAUGAUCUGUCAGAAUUUGUCAGGAUUUCUCUUUAUUCGGAUUGGUAGGGUUGUAAACCCAUUUCUAUGAAAGGCGACACAUUUUGCCGUCUGUCAUUCCACAGCAAGAUUGACUGUUCAGGAGAGAAAAACAUUUAAGAUAGUUGUUAGACUUUAGGGGGUGACACUUUUAGAUUUAUUUGGAAAGGUUGAUAGAGAGGGAACAACUGAGGUUCAUAAAACUAAGAUUUAAAUCCAUCCAUCCAUAAUCUACCAAUUCCAUUACGUUUGAGUCGUGAGGACACUAGCCUUAGCAAGGACUUCCAGACCCCCUGACUACCCUAAUGGCUCUUAUAGUUCAACCAAGAUGAUACCAAGGCCAGUCAAGAGAAGGGUUUUCCUCAGAAUGUCUCGGGUCUACCUCCUCCUGGUCAGAUGCUUCACCAAAAGGUGUCCAAGUUGUAUUCUUUCCAGAUUUCCAAACCAUCUCAAAUCCAAUUUGGAGGUGUAGCUGCUCUCUUCUGGGUUCCUCUUGGGUGGCUGAACUUCAUACCUCAUUUCUAAGGAAGACCCCUGUAAAGUUGAUUCUGUAUCCUUAUCCGUGACUAUAACUGGUCAUUAACACUCCACAGAAACAACAUAGAUCAAUCUGCAAAUUCAGACUAAUUUCUGUUUUGCUUUUACACAAUGGACUGGUAAGGUCUUUAGAUGUUAAAUGAUCCGAUGAUUAACAAAUCACAGCAUGGUUGGGGCUAUUUUCAUGAUUCUGGAGUAAGCUUGACUGAAUUGGAUUCAGUACUAGGACACCAUUGCAAAGACCCAAGGAAACCUACCGCAUUUUCGGCACUAUAGGUCGAAGCAUCAUUGAAUGGUCUGUUUUCAAAUUUAUGUCAUAUAUAAGGCACACAGAACUAUAAGAUGCUUUAAGUGAGACAAAAGAUUCAGAAUUAAGUCCAACCGUCAGUCGGACUUUAUUAACUGUGUUCACAGAAGCUCUAGAACUGGUGUUUGACACGCAAUGUCUUAGGCGCAUUAGUGUAUUCACAACACCUGUAACUCCCAAACUUGAUUGCAACACAUUAAAAAGUUAGUGUUCUAAACAAGAGUUCCUCAUUAGAGGACGCCUUAUAGUGCAGAAAAUAUGGUAUAUAACCAUGAGAAAGAGAAGAACCAACAUGUUUUAAUGAAGUCCAGUCAAAGUCUGAAAAUCUUCAGAAGUUGCGCUGAAACCUUAUUUCACUGAAGCGUCACUGAAGAAAGUAUUUCGUUUUUCACACACUGCUUCUUCAUUCUAUCCAGGUUUUGUUUUGUGUUUUGAUGCAAGUGACAUAUUUAGUUUCUGUCCAUCUCAGUUGGAGUUCAUCUAAAAGAGAGUCAACUUUCUUUAUCAUCUGAACUUUUACUACUCGCCUCUAAACACUCAGAAGUCCUUUAUUUCUAGAUCUUUUCAGAAGCGCAGAUACAGUCCUUUUGAAACGCUGUACAUAAAAAGUAUUUUAAGACUUUCUCAUUUAGAUAUGGAUCCAAUAGUAGUGUUUGAAUGCACUGUCGUCGCUCAGAUAUCUAGUGGUAAAUAAAAAAUAUUAAAUGUUUUUUAAUGUCUUGCUUUAGACACUAAACUUUUUUUUGCCAGAGUUUACCUCUAGGUGGCGCUUUCCAUUCGAAUGUUUUUCUUUCUUUUUUAUACCUUUUGCAUGUGCCUGUCUUUUUUUCCAAUGCAGAACGUGAGCACUUAUGGUCCCAGAGUUUGUACAGACGGACGGACGCUCCUGAUCCUGCAGCAAUCACGACUUCUGCCGAGUCAGAGGAAGUUGAGGAACUGCAGACUGGAUAAAAAAAAAAAACCAUUUGUGCAGAUAGUAUUCACAACAGAACAAAGAAAAGUCGACAUUUUACUGUUUCAGGAAGGAUUUCGAUUCAUUCUGAACACAGAAUGGUGUCUCCUUCAGGGAACAUCUUCUCCUUCUCUGAUAACAGUCAUUGUCUGCCUAAACUGAGAGGCUGCAGAUUUGGAAGGAUAUUGUCCCAUUCCUGUCUGAGGUCAAGCUGCUCCGCAGUCCCAGAUUUUUUCCUGACUUUGGUUUGGAAAUGUCUGGACUGCAGGUAGAUCAACUGAACUAUUAGUCUUUGCUUCUAAUGUAGGUCUCCAAAAGGAAAAGUAUUUCUUGGAGAAAAGCAAAUAUUUCUGCUUGUAUUAAAAAAAAAAAAAAAAAAAAAAAAAUCGGAAUUCUGCUGUGAAUCACAGUUGAGUUCAAUUCAGUUUGGCAGUGUUCUCUUCCUCCCUGAGGUUUCUCAGACCGGCAGGAGUCAUCUGCUUCCUGAUCACAGCUGAAUCUAUCAGGUCGGAGUAUCUGUGCACGCUCCUCUGUACCUGAUCGACUUAAAUUCAUGUAGUUUGUAGUGAAAGCAGCAGUAGUUCAGAAAGGAAGGAUUGGAAAAAAAAUGUAUUUAGCUGCUUCUGUCAAAUUUCCUGAAUGAAUGUCAGCUGAGAGGAAGUCCUCCUUAUUAAUUUUAUAUUCUCUGUAAUAAAAACUCUUUGUCUGA